AUGGCCGUCAACCUGGGCACGCACCGCCUGGCCCUGCUCACGGCCUACCAGGACGUGAUCGACGAGGCCACCGACACGGACUGCUUGUGCUGUUGCGAAGGUUUGGGGCGUUUGGAGGAGAAGGCGUUUGGUGGGUCGGAUGUUGAGGCGCCUGUAGAAGGGAGGAGGGGGGAGAGAUGGGGGAGAGAUGGGGCCCUGGGAUCGGGUUGGAAGGAAGAGGCGAGGCCCGGAGCGUGA